AUGACAGACGAUGAUUAUGAUCUUGAUAAACUUAUUCAAGAAGAACUUGAUGCACUAUCACUUGAUGGUUCAAUCGACGAUGGUGAUGAUGACGAUGAAGAUGAUAAGAAUAAUGAAAAUGAUACAAAAGCGAUCGAAAGUGAAGAAGUUUUAAAUGAAACGCGACAAAAAUUAGAACGUGAAAUGCAUGAAAGAUUAGCAGCAUUUGAAAAUGAAGUUAAUGUUAAUAUGGAUCGAUGUAUAAUUGAUUAUUCCGAAAUUGAUGAAUUAUUAAAAAAACCAAUUGGUGAUAAUGAUAAAGAUAUUCAAACAAAUGUUGCACGAGUAUGUGGAAUUGAUCGUGAAGAAUUAGAUCGAAUUUUACAUAAUAUCAAUACUGAAGAAUUACCAUUAGAUUCAUCGAUUAAUUCCGAUUCAAAUGAAUAUGAAGUUCCUAAAGUUGAAAUAAUAAAACGAGAUGUAAAACCAAUUGAAACUGAUGAAUCUGCCGAAUCAACACCUCGACAACAAGAAGAUCCAAAUAAACAAUUGUAUGAUGAACGUUUAGCUGAAUCACAUCGAAGAAUGCUGGCUGAUUUAGCAUUACUUGAACAAAGACGAAAAGAAGAAGAAGAGCGUUAUGCAAUUGUACUUCAAGAACAACAAGUUCGUUUGGCUGAAGAAUACCGUCGUUUACAAGAAAAUCUUGAUGAGACUGCACGUCAGACACAGAAUGAAAAACUUCAAUUUGAAGCAUUAUGUCGUGAACAGGAACGUGUGACAAAUGAACGACAAAAUAAAAUGGCUAUUAUUAUUCAAUCAUGGUAUCGAGGAAAACGUGUUUAUCAUAAACAUCAUGAAGAAAUAAUAAAACGAGCUACACCAGCAUUAAAAACAAUUGCGAAAAAUCGUAAGAAAAAAGAACAAAUGAAUAAGAUAAAUGCUGAUAAAUUAACAAAAAUUAUUGAAAAAGAAAAUCAUCAGAAAGUUGAAAUAACUUCAAUACCAUUACCAACAAGUGAUCGUGUAUCAUCUCCUUUAACAGAUGUUGUUCCUAAGCAAUCGAAACUUCAUCCAUUAGCAGUCAAAGAAAUCAAUCGUCCAAAAGAAGAUUUAACAAAGAAAAAGAAGAUCAUAUCAAAACAAACUAUAGAUCCUCCAAUAUCAUCAACUCAAAUUCUUCAACUUGAAAAUCCAGCUGAUUUUAUACCAACAGUCUAUCCAGAAGAAAGAUUACCAAUUCAAACUAAAGAACAGCAACGACCAAAAUCAUCCAAUAAAAAACAACCUUUACCUAAAUUGGAAUCAACACAAAUGUCAACUAGUCCAAGUAAUUCAUUCUCAAACAAUAAACGUUUGGAUAUACUUCCUAUUAAAUCGAAUAAUACUAUGAAGCUUUCUACAACAAUGACACGAUCUAAUACUUUUGAUAAAAAUAUCGAGAGUCCAAUUUCACCAUCGAUUGAAAAUAAUUCACUUGCAAAUUCAUUAAUUCGAUCUAGAACAUUCGAUAAAGAAAUGAAAAAUUUUCAAAGACCAUCAAUGGAAAGUAUGUCAACAGUUAAAUCAAUAGAUACAACUUCAUCAAUAUCAUUAAAUCGAUCUCAAACAUUUGUUAAUGAAUCGAAAAAUAUUCCACCAUCAAUUGAAAGUAUUUCACCUAGAAAAUCAAUCGAUAUUACUGCAAGACAAGUUGAAAGUAGAUCUGAUAUAUUAAUUAAUAGACCGGAGAGUGCUCCUCCGCCAAUUGAAACUAUCUUACCAAGAAAAUCAAUUGAUUUUACUUCAACACUCAUGGACAAUAGAUCUGAUUUAUUGAUCAAUAAUUCUAAAAAUAUUUCAUCGUCAGAUAAGAAAAUUCUAUUUGUAAGAUCGAUUGAUAUUGUAACAGCAAAUCAUUCAAUUCCGGUUAAACCGGAUCGUCCUUCAACACCAAGAGUAUCAACUCCUCGUAAAGCACCAGUAGAAGAACAACAUUCAAAUCAAUCAAUAUAUCCAUUUUUAAAUGAAGCACGUCGUUGGGCUGAACAUACUCAUGAUAUAACUUAUUUCAAUCUUAUUCGUUCAAGUGAAGAAACUAUUCAACAAAUGCCAACACGUAAACCAGGUGGCAAUCUUCGAAAAUUACCUGAUAUCGAUUCUAAACUACUGAUAAAAGCAGCUAAAAAUCAAUCACCAAAAGAGGUUCAUUAUCUACAUCUUGAACAAAUUCUUACUCCUUGUUCGUUAUCUUUAACUGGUACUACAUUUCCUAAUUUAACUCAUCUUAUUCUUCGUCAAUGUAAACUUGUUCAAUUAACUGGUCUUGAUUCUUGUUCAUCACUUAUUAUUCUCGAUCUUGAAGGUAAUUGGAUUGAACAAAUUCAUCUUCAAUUAAAUCAAUUAGAAUAUUUAAAUUUAUCUCGAAAUCGUCUAACAUCUCUUCUUGCUAUACAAACUCCACGUUUAAAAUAUCUUGAUGUUUCAAAAAAUCGUUUAACACGUUUAAAUGGAAUUGAAACAUUAGUAAAUCUAAAUAUUCUUCUUGCUACAAGUAAUCAAUUAUUAACAACAAUUGGUUUACAAGGUUGUACAAAUUUAUUUCAUAUUGAUUUAUCUGAUAAUCAUCUUGUUGAAAUGGAACAAAUUGAACAAUGUCCAUUAUUAUUAACAUUAAAAGCUAGUUCAAAUUCACUUAUUCAACUACCAAAUCUAUUAAAUUCUGUUCUAUUACAUGAACUUAAUCUUUCGUCAAAUAGUUUAACUUCAUUUGAUGAAUUAUUAAUUGGUUCAUGGUUACCAUUUCUUACACAUCUUCAUUUAUCAAAUAAUAGUUUUCAUGAAUUAUCAUCAAUUAAAUUACCAUCAUUAGUUGAACUUGAUUUAGCAUGUAAUCAAUUAUCUGAUGUAUCUAUUGUAAAACGUUUUAUCAAUACUUGUCCAGUAUUAUCUCGUCUUAAUCUUGAACAAAAUCCUGUUUUAUGUGAUAUAAAUGAAACAUUAAUACCUGAAAAUAAAUCUUUUAAAAAUCCAUUAUCUGUAUUACCUCAUUUAUCAAUUGAGAAAUCAACUGAUUUAAUUCAAUUAUAUUUAACAUUUCUUUCAAAUAUGACUUCAAUGCUAAUUAAACUUCGUCAAAUAAUUGAACAUUAUCAAACAGAACCAUUUACAUUAUUAAAAUCAAUUCAUAAUCAAUGUCAACAAUAUUAUGAACAGAAAAAAAUUGAACCAAUUGAAAUAUCUCAAAUGAUCAUUCCAACUAAUGAAAUAAAAGUUUUAACGGAAAAAGAGAAAGGUAUUAUUCGAUUACAAGCUCAUUGGCGUCGAAAAUUACUCGAACGAAAAUUAAAACAAAGACAACAAGCAGCUCAAAAAAUACAAGCUCGUUGGCGUGGUUAUGUAUUACGACAACGUAUGCGUACUGUACGACGAUAUCAUAGUCAACAACAACAAACAUUUGAUGAAAUUGAUUUAACUGAAUUUGAAUUUGAUGAAGCCGCUUUUGAUGCACGUUUUCAACGACCACGAACACCUGUUACUCGUAUUAAAGAAGUAUGGCAAUCUCAACAACAUUCAAUUUUAUCAACACCAAUUAUAAUAACUGAAUUACCUCUUCAAAAUUCUUCUCGUUCAUCAUCAGCAGCAUCAUCACGUGCUAAACCUAUAGUAGAACCUCUAGAUAUGUCAGCAAGACCUCAUGAAAUGACAAAUGAAUGGGGUUUUACACCUUCAAGUUCAACAGCAGCAUUAAUGUUAAAACGAGCACAAAAAAUGAAAUGGAAUGCUGAACGAAGACAUAAACGACAACAUAUGGAUGCUUAUCAACGUUUACAAAUGGCACGUAAUAAUGAACAACCACCUGGUUCAUUACGAUUAGCUAGACGUAAACAAUCAUUGAUAACUACUACUAAACCAAUUGCACAUAGAAAAACUGUAACUCCGCCUGUGACUGUUCAACCACGUCCUAAUCGUGUUUAUGAAUGGGUACAUACUCAAGUAGCUCGAUUUGACGAAUCUGCAUUGGGAAAUGCCAAUAGUCCAAGAAAUGAACGUAAACGGUUACCAAGUCUUGAUGGUUCAACUGACUCAACAAGUCGAAUGCGUCCAAAUGAAAUUUUACAACAACAACAGCAACAACAAAAUCGAUGGUCAUCGUCAUCGAUAUCUAUUCGACAACCACCACCAUUAUUACCACCUAUCAGUGGGCAAAUACCACGUGCUUAA